UGGACCGCAGUUCGAAGAGGAGACAAGUGAAGCCUUUGGCAGCUUCGCUGCUGGAAGCUUUAGAUUAUGAUAGCUCUGAUGACAGUGAUUUUAAAGUUGGAGAUGCUUCAGAUUCUGAAGGAAGUGGUCAUGGGAGUGAAGAUGCAUCAAAGGACAGUGGUGAAGGUUCCUGUACUGAAUCAGAAGAAAAUAUCUUGGAGGAGGAACCCGCAGAAGAGAAAGUAGAAGAGCAACAGCCCAAAAGGUCCACUGAAGAAGAGGUGCCAACAGCAGACAAAGAGGUAAUCAAAACUGAAAAGAAAGAGCACGAAGAUGAAGAAGAAAAGCCAAAAAAGAAGAAAGAGAAAGAGAAAGCAGCUGAACCUGAUGCUGUGCCUGAUGAGCAAACAAAUGAACCAAAAAAAUGGAAUUUGCGCAGGAACCGACCUUUGCUGGAUUUUGUAUCGAUGGAAGAACUAAAUGAUAUGGAUGACUAUGACAGUGAAGAUGACAAUGACUGGCGGCCUACUGCUGAGAAAAAAAAAGGAAAAAACGCACUGCGAAAAGAGGGGAGUGAUGGAGAUAAUGAGGAUGAUGAAGAUGAUGGGAGCGGAAGUGAUGAGGAUGACAAUGAUGAGGAAGGUAAUGAAGAAGAUAAUAGCAGCACGGCUAGUGAUGGAGGAUCCAAGAAGAAGAAGAGUAAAGUUCUUAACAGGAAUAAUGCAGAUGAUGAGGAAUUGACAAAUGAUAGCCUGGCUCUUUCACAAAGCAAGAGUAAUGAGGACUCAUUGAUCCUUGAGAAGUCUCAAAAUUGGAGUUCCCAGAAAAUGGACCAUAUUUUGAUUUGUUGCGUUUGUCUUGGAGAUAACAGUGAAGAUGCUGAUGAAAUAAUCCAGUGUGACAACUGUGGAAUAACAGUACAUGAAGGUUGCUAUGGUGUUGAUGGAGAGAGUGACUCUAUCAUGAGCUCAGCUUCAGAAAAUUCCACUGAACCUUGGUUUUGUGAUGCAUGCAAAUGUGGUGUCACACCUAGUUGUGAAUUGUGUCCUAACCAGGAUGGGAUCUUCAAGGAGACUGAUGCAGGCAGGUGGGUCCAUAUUGUUUGUGCCCUCUAUGUUCCAGGAGUGGCAUUUGGAGAUAUUGACAAACUGCGGCCAGUAACACUGACAGAAAUGAAUUAUUCAAAGUACGGUGCCAAGGAAUGCAGUUUUUGCGAAGAUCCUCGUUUUGCCAGAACUGGUGUAUGCAUUAGCUGUGAUGCUGGGAUGUGCAGAGCUUAUUUCCAUGUGACCUGCGCUCAGAAGGAAGGCCUUCUCUCGGAAGCAGCAGCAGAAGAGGAUAUAGCUGACCCUUUUUUUGCUUAUUGUAAACAGCAUGCGGACAGGUUAGACAGAAAAUGGAAGCGGAAGAACUACUUGGCAUUACAAUCUUACUGUAAAAUGUCCUUGCAGGAAAGAGAAAAACAGCUUUCACCAGAAGCUCAGGCUCGAAUCAAUGCCAGGCUACAGCAGUACCGUGCCAAGGCGGAGCUGGCCCGCACCACCAGGCCUCAGGCCUGGGUUCCCCGGGAGAAGCUGCCACGACCACUUACUAGCAGUGCUUCAGCCAUACGUAAGCUUAUGCGCAAAGCUGAAUUAAUGGGAAUUAGUACAGACAUUUUUCCAGUGGAUACUUCUGAUACCAGUUCCAGUGUUGAUGGAAGAAGAAAACAUAAACAACCAGCUCUCACUGCUGAUUUUGUGAAUUAUUACCUGGAGAGAAAUAUGCGCAUGAUUCAAAUCCAGGAGAAUAUGGCUGAACAGAAGAAUAUCAAGGAUAAAUUAGAGAAUGAGCAAGAAAAGCUUCAUGUGGAGUAUAAUAAGCUGUGUGAGUCCUUGGAAGAGCUACAAAAUAUGAAUGGAAAACUGCGAAACGAAGGGCAAGGCAUUUGGGCUCUGCUGGGUAGAAUCAUUGGACAGAAAUUGAACAUACCAGCAAUUUUACGUGCUCCUAAGGAAAGGAAACCAAGUAAAAAGGAAGGAGGAACACAAAAGACCUCUACGCUUCCGGCCGUACUUUAUAGUUGCGGAAUUUGUAAGAAGAACCAUGAUCAACACCUACUGCUACUGUGCGAUACUUGUAAACUCCAUUAUCAUCUUGGUUGCCUGGAUCCACCUCUUACAAGGAUGCCAAGGAAGACCAAGAACAGUUACUGGCAAUGCUCGGAGUGUGACCAGGCAGGUAGCAGUGACAUGGAGGCUGAUAUUGCCAUGGAAACCUUACCAGAUGGGACCAAACGAUCAAGGAGGCAGAUUAAGGAACCAGUGAAAUUUGUUCCUCAGGAUGUGCCACCAGAACCGAAGAAAAUUCCUAUCAGAAACACGAGAACUAGAGGACGAAAACGAAGCUUUGUGCCUGAAGAAGAAAAGCCUGAGGAACGGAUUCCCAGAGAAAGACGACAACGACAAUCUGUUCUACAAAAGAAACCCAAGUCAGAGGACUUAAGGACUGAAUGUGCUACGUGCAAAGGGACUGGAGACAAUGAAAAUCUAGUCAGGUGUGAUGAAUGCAGGCUUUGCUACCAUUUUGGCUGUCUAGACCCUCCCUUGAAAAAGUCUCCUAAACAGACUGGCUAUGGAUGGAUUUGUCAGGAAUGUGACUCUACAUCCUCCAAA